AUGCCAUUCUCGCCUUGGACGUGUAUGGGGUUAUACACAGUUUCAUGUUUGCUAGAUGCUGUGGACGGUAACGCUGCCAGAUAUUUUAAUCAAUGUAGUAAAUUUGGUGCAGUUCUAGACAUGGUCACAGAUAGAUCUACUACAACUUGUUUGUUAUGUUAUCUCUCCUCAAUUUACCCAUCAUGGACAAUCGUAUUUCAAUUAUUAAUAUCUUUGGAUCUCAGUAGUCAUUAUAUGCAUAUGUAUAGCUCCUUAACAGCUGGUGCUUCUAGUCAUAAGAAAAUAUCAAAAUCAUCGAAUCGUAUGCUGAGGGCCUACUAUUCAGAUAAUAAAAUUCUUUUUGGCGUUUGUGCACUCAAUGAAUUGUUUUUUGUUGCAUUAUACCUUUUAUCAUUUGAAGAGGAUCCUACUUUCCCAGAAUGGAGCGUCUUUCCUCUUUAUGUUCUUGCAAUAGGCUCAUUUCCUAUUUGUGCCAUCAAACAGGUGAUUAACAUAAUUCAAUUGGUGGGGGCAAGCCAGAAUUUGGCAAAAGUUGAUGUAGAAGAUCGAAAAAAGGCAUUUAAAAGCAAUUGA